GGUUUACGUAGUGCAUGGAGCAGAGCUCGAGAGCUCAUUGCGCGUCCUUUGGAGCUGACGAGACAGCGCUCGCUUUCCCACCUCGCAGUUUCCUCAGAGCGUGCCAUAGACGAAAUUCUGUAUUGUGGCGUCGGGUCUUUGCAGGUGUAUGGCAGGGUGCCCUUUGCGGAACCAGAAAAACGAACAUUUCACCACGCAGCCUGGCGUUUCUUUUUAUUGAUUAUGUGGAUUGUCCGAAUUAAUGGUUGAAAGGAGUCCCUCUUUUUACGCGUCGUGUGGGCGACAUCUGCAGUGUGACCACUGAAGAGGGGAGAAAACCUCGCUGAUCCUCCUCAUCCCUUGAUCUUGUUUGUCUGCACUCUCUCUGGCUGCGAAUGGGCUGUGCUUUGUGAUUAUCUGCAGUCACUUUAGAGUCAUUGCUGGAAGAAGAUGGCGGACAGGGCUGAGAUGUUUUCACUCUCUACUUUCCAUUCCCUCUCUCCUCCGGGCUGCAGGCCUGCUCAUGACAUCAGCCUGGAGGAGUUUGACGACGAGGAUCUGUCGGAGAUCACGGACGACUGCGGGAUCGGCCUCAACUACGAGUCCGACCCUUACGAGAAGGACUGUCUGAUUCUGGAGAAGAACGAUGUGCACCAACCAAUCUGCUCCUUCCAGGACGACUUCCAGGAGUUUGAGAUGAUCGACGACGAUGAUGACGAUGAAGAAGAUGUGGAUGAGGAGGACGGGGUGGACCCUGAGGGCCCUCCUUCCCCAUCGGCCUCGCCGCCCCCCUCGCCGAAUUUGGGAACGCUGCAGAAGAGCCGUCCCACCACCCUGAAUCUCACCAACGCCGUCUCCCAGGACUCUUUGAACAACAAUGGCAGUUUCUCUCCACGGAAAGGCAGUUGGCAAGAUUCUCUGCGCAACACUUCGUCACACGGUCGUUCGUCUCCUACCCAUUCUUGCCAUGAAGAUAGCACCCAUUCAAACGGGCAGUGUACAGCCACAACAGGCACCGGUUUGCAAAGCAAAGGUACCCCCCAAAAACAGCCCGAGGACACUGGGCACUCCCAGUCGCCGCUCAGGCCCCUCCUGUACGACUUUGAGGGCAACAGGCGGGAAAGACCGGAAUACGGUAAAAAGACGUCUGACCCUCCCAUGGAAGACCAUAACAUGAACAUCCUCUCUUCACCGCCAUCCCCACUCUAUUCGCCAUUCUCUGACCGCUGGAUGGCUCCUAAACCGCGUCUCUCUUCGACAGGGUCUUUCGGUCAACACAAAACGUUGUGCAGCUCAGACGCUGGACUCGCCGAGCCCAGCGCUGAGGCUGGCAGUCCGGGUGCAGCCACCCAGACUGCGGACGAGGUGUCCCAGUGCUCCGAUACGGAGGUUGACCAUGACCUGAACAGCGACUAUGCCAAAAGGUGCCGGUCUAGGCAGGCUAACGACACGUACACCGUCACCACCGACUCGGCCCUCGUCCCCGAGCUAGAGAACGACACCACGUUCGAUGGCACCAGCAGAUGCCUCUCCUCCACUGCUCCAGCAGAUGGCGAUGCCGAGACCCCACUGUCCGACGAGGAGCUGGACAAAGAGUUCGAGAUAGACGUCAUGAGCAAGGAGAGCUAUGACCUAGCUUACCACGGGUGUUCGUCCUACGUCGAGUUCCCUCCCAUCGAGCCGUGUGACUCGGCCGCUUUCUCCAGAUAUGACUCCUCCUCGACCUCAACCACCCAGUCUGAAACGGACUUGGAUGUCAUCCUCAACAGACGCCAUUCGGUCGCUCACAGUCACCCGUCCACCACUGCCUCCACCAGCUCGAACUCCCCGUCUUCUGACCCUGGCAUCGCUGACAUGAACGGCAAGGUUGGAGAGCGGCCGUACACGGAGUCUGACCCCAACAGCGAGCUCAGCUCCCCGAGCUCGGACUCAGACAUCGAGGGGGAGCUGGAGGCCGCCUUUGUAUGCGGCGGCCCCCUAGCUGGUCACAUGAUCUCCUCCAUCUCUGAGACUGAGUUGGAUCUUACCAGUGACGACAGUAGCAGUGACCACUCCUCCCACCUCACCAACUCCAUCGAGGAGGCCAGUUCCCCAACCUCUGACCAGGAACUGGAUCCUGAGCUGGAGCUGGAGCAGGACAAUGUGAUUGGGGAAGUGAAGGCCUCUGUUCUCCUCAACCAGUUGGAUCCUGGGAAUGAUGAACCUCCACCCCCUGCCUUGCCAGAACAGCUGGACGACAGGCAGUCGCCGAUUAGCAUUGAAGGCCGAGUGCAUGAGGAGCACACUGCUGACCCUGAUGAGACUCUGCCCCCCUCUGAAGGCUGUGAGAAUGGGCUCCUCAGACCGCUGGUUCUGAAGAUAGAGCCGGAUCACGGCCUGGAGAGCUUCCAGAGGUCCUUCUACCUGCCCGUGGGACCCAGGCUUUUGUCUGACCCAGACGACUGCGACGACAGCAACAGCGAGGGCGACUCUGAGUCCGAGUCGGAAGACGAGCUUAGCGAGAAUUCCGAUUCCCCCUGGCUCCUCUGCAACCUGGUCAACAAGAUGAUCUCGGAGGGCUCGACCCCCAUCAGCUGCCCGGAAGACCUCUUCAAGAGGUCUGCUUCAAUCUCUGCAGACACCAUCUCACCAUCCUCAGACCUCGAGUCAGAUGCAUCUGUCAAGCCUUCAGAGAGCCAGCCGCAAUUUGUGAAUACAGAGGACGGCCUGCCGGUCAGGAUUUCGGAGGAGACCAGUAAAGACUCAAACCUGAGCCCGGGAGAUGGCGGUAGAGAAGUCCCUGUCACCAAAGACGAGAAGGUGAAUUUUGAAUGCAAAACGGACCCAGGCGACAGCAGCCAGACAUCUAGCCCUUGUCUGUAUCUAAGCAAUCCCACUAAUGACACGAUCACACCCUUUUUCAUUGACCGGUAUGGCGGUAGAACGCCGAGCCGAGCCACGCUCCGAGCCCCAGGCGGAGACGCAGCUCUUCCCAAAGACUCCGAAGCCUCUCGAGCUCACGGGGCGACCGCAGAGCCGAGAGGGGACGAAGCGGAGCCCGACAACGACCGGUUACCUUUAACAGAGGGACCUGGGACUCCGCGUCCCGGGGAGAGCGUGGGUGACGUCGGAAACGGCGGGUGCGAGCAGGAGGGGGACUCGAGCGCGCUGGAGCACGUCGCGGAGGCGAAGAGCAGCCUGGCGAAGAACUGCCUGACCCUGGACAUCGCCGUCCCCACCGCCCAGACCGGCCGUCGCUUCGGCCUCGCCUACUCCCCCGACAACGACGAGGACUCCGGCUCGUUCUGCGACGACUACCUGGACAGCUCCCCGCCCAUCGACGAGAGCGUCCCGCCCGCCGAGACGCCGCCGCCGAGGCCCCGCCCCCUGGACGAGUCCCUGGCCUACGACUCGGUCAAGUACACGCUGGUGGUGGACGAGAACACCACGCUGGAGCUGGUCAGCCUGAAGCGCUGCACGUCCGUCCUGAGCGAGGACAGCGAGAACUCCGCCCUCGGCGACUAUGACGAUGACGACGCCGCCCCGGAGACCGACCGCCAUUUCGGGUGGGGCGGGGUGCGGGCGGAGGAGGAGCUCCUCAGCUCCUCGGAGGACUCCUCCCCGGAGGCCGACGCUCACUUCUCCAAGAAGUUCCUCAACGUCUUCGUCAACAGCACCUCCCGCUCUUCCAGUACGGAUUCGUUCGGCCUUUUCUCCUGCACGGUGGAGGGGGAGGAGAGAGAGCAGACGCACAGGGCGGUGUUCAGGUUCAUCCCUCGGCACGCGGACGAGCUGGAGCUGGACGUGGACGACCCGCUGUUCGUGGAGGAGGAGGAGGAUGACUACUGGUACCGCGGCUACAACAUGCGCACGGGCGAGAGGGGCAUCUUCCCCGCCUACUACGCCCACGAGGUCGUCGGGCAGGCCAGAGAGAUGAUUGGGAUGAAGAGGAACACAGUCUGGAUGGAAAGCUUCGGUGUUCAGUUUCUCGGCUCGGUGGAAGUGCCCUAUCACCAAGGCAACGGGAUCCUUUGUGCUGCUAUGCAGAAGAUCGCGGUGUCGCGGAAGCAGACGGUGCACCUGCGUCCCGCCGCGCUGUGCGACCUGGAGGUCAGCCCGCAGGGCGUCAAGCUGGUCAUGAGCCUGGAGGACGAGUUCGGAGCCGCCGACGAGUUUGACAGGUGCAGCCACUUCUUCCAGAUGAAGAACAUCUCCUUCUGCGGGUGCCAUCCGAAGAACAACUGCUACUUUGGGUUCAUCACGAAGCACCCGAUGCUGAACCGUUUCGCCUGUCACGUGUUCGUAUCCCAGGAUUCCAUGCGGCGCGUGGCGGAGUGCGUGGGACGGGCUUUCCAAGAGUAUUAUCAGGAGCACCUGGAGUACGCCUGUCCCACGGAGGACAUCUACCUGGAGUAGGGGGACCGAGGAGGGGGGGAGGACCUCGCCCCCCCCAAACCGGCCGUCCCUCCUGCGAUUGCGUACGUUCUUCCACGCUCCUCCUGGGGACUCUGGCCGGCUGUCCCGCCCUGUGAAAUACUUUCUUUCCCAGCUGAGACUCUCUCUCUCUCAUCUGUGACUUCUCCAUUUUCCCGCCCUUUCCUUCUCCUCUCUGUCUGGGGGCCCCUCAGACGGAAUGCCUGUUCCUUCGGCUUCUUUUUUCUACAAGAUGGCUUGGAAUGUGACUGGGGAAUGUGUACAAGGAGCUGCUUUUGUUUUUUUGUUUUUUAAAGAGGAACUUGAUUCUCUUGGUUUUAAACGUGGAAGAAAGUAAUGACAGCACACGACACGUUUGACACCCAUGCAUGGCUAUAAGGGUAACAUGCACGCACACUCAGUCACACACAUGCACACACACACACACGCAAACACACGAAGAAAAUAAUACAAGAAACAAAGAUAUGUGAUUCAUAAGGACUAUGGGUUUGGAAAAGGAUUUGUAUAUUUAGUGGAUUUACAGAGCAUUACUAAUGUUGGUGGAGUGUGUACAUAUGAAUUUUCCAAGCAAAAUGGCUGUUUUAACUCUGCCGAGACCGACGUCUGGUUGAAGUGGAUUACGAGUCCAGCUCUCCCAAAUCAAUAAAAAUGACUGAACGAUCCUGGGAAUUCUGGGAAUGGGGUGGGAUCUGGAAAAUGGGGUAGACUCCUGGGAAUGUGGUGGGCUCCUGGGAAUGGGAUGGGCAGUGUGCUCCACAGACUUCCCGAUGUAAACCCUGUACAUGUACAGGCAGGGCAGAACGGAGACUGCUGACACGGUAAUGAAAGUAGCAUCCAAAGUGAUUGUUGCACAGACCGAUGGAUGCAGUGGAUGACAGUUUGUCAGUCUACCUACGCUUAGUGCUAGACACAGUGGCAGUGAGGGUCCAGCAGUUUAACUCCAGGUAGGAACACACACAGCCCCUUUCAAAGACAAAACACAGCUGUGCAAAAGCACAGCACUUGUAAGUGCGGGUUAGGGGUAUAACUGCAAGUGUUGAUGGUUCUCUGAUAAUUUCUCUGUGAAUUCUCUAGACAGUGCUGUUGAAGCAGGGCUUGGGCGUGGAGCUGGGGGGUCCGUUUUGACCCCCCACCCCCAAGAAGUAAGGCCUUUGCGCUCUCCUGUUCAAUGUCAUUUUGGAUAAUGGAAUAUCCCUAGUGUAUAAAGCAACCCUUUCCAUUGACAGGGAAAUAUGUCAGUCUGGAAAAAAAAAUUUUUUUGAAAAUGGCUUAACUUUUACUCAGUCUUAUGUUUUACAGAAUCUCAUUUAUGGCAAAUUCUGCCAAUUACUAUUGGUGGACAUAUACAUAAAAUAGUUAAAUCAACACCCGCAGUACCAGCAUAGCCACGAGUCAUAUGAACACAGGGAAAAGAGUGAAAUCAUGUAGAUAACUGUAUGAUAAACAUCCCUGCCAUUUUUACUACAUCACUUCUUCCGGGCCAUCGAUGCUCUUUCCUGGCCAGGUGCAUUCUGGGACAUCCCUGUCCUGUUCCUCAGCUGUCUCUGUGUAAAGAGAGGGGUGUAUUUUUAGGUGGCGUGACUUCAUCCUUGUCAUAAUGUGGCUUCAGUGUAGAUUCUGUACUGCAUGUUGUAACGUGGGGAAAAAAAUAAUAAUUAUGAAGAGACUUUUAAAAGACUUUGAUCGUAGUAAGGCCAAGAGGCUCUCCUCCGUUUGAAUAAAUGAAUAAAUAUCCUACACUCUUUCAAUAUUCUUCUAUAUUGUUGAGCAGUUUCGAUAUCUGUAGCUGCAUCAUAACCCCUGGUAGAACGGGUUGGUCUUCUCUUUGAAAAGCCCCAGGUUGCUAUGACGAUGUGAUCGAGGGUAAAUGAAGAGAGAGAGAGGUUGGCUGACCACUCCCAGAAGGUUGCGAUGCCACAUAAACCGUUCCUGACAAUUACUCCCUACUUACAGCAGGGGUCAGUGUUGCAUGACCCUGAAAAACUAUAAGGCAACAGAAGAAGAGUUGUAUUUUACAUAAUUAUAUAUAUAUAUAUAUAUAUAUAUAUAUAUAUAUAUAUGUAUAUAUAUACUUAAGUAAAAUAAUACUCAUGGAGAUAAAAGUUUCCUACGUAUAAAAAAAGGUGUCUGAGUUUUAUUAUAUUAGAAGUGGUCAUGGAAUAAUAGUAUAGAAUUGCCCCUGAUGGAAGCAGAGCAGGUAAAUUCUCAAUUUAUAUAACUCUCAAGGUCCAGAAUUCAGGGACACGUCCGUAAAAAAUGUGUAAAUGUGAAUUGUUGGUGUGCAGUUCUAAUAAAAAGCAGAGGAAAGUUCUUUAAAGUGUCAGAGGGAUAAUUCCCUUAUGUGGUAACAUGGCAGUGUGGAGGAGCCCAUUGGAGGAAAUCAUACACUUUACGUUUACAUUACGGCAGUUAGUCUUUCCAUCUGUCUCCACAGCGCAUUGCUGAUGCGCGUGGUGAUCCCCCGUCCCCCCCCCCAACCAUCCAAAUGAGACCAAUUGAAUUACCCGAGCCCAGAAUUUACAGGCUUCAAACUUCGGCUUUAGGACCCAGUUUCAGUGUGAUGACAUCAUGAACAUAAACACAGUGAAGGCUGCCUUUAACCAAUCACAGACUUGGACAACAGGCAUAUACUGUAUUAUGUAUUAUAUGGUGCCCAGGUGCUCCCACCAUUCCUCUGUGAAAUAGCCUAGCAGAUUUAACACCGCAUUCAAAGGUACACUGAAAGAGCCUGUGGGAAAGAAGCAUCAAUAUCAGCAUUGCUCAUAAGCGUAAGAUUUUGAUGUCAUUUCCAUGGUAACCAGUAGUUAUGCAUGGAAGUUCAUUUAUGAACAAAAUAUUAAUGGUGUGGGUAGGGUGGGGUGGGGUGGGGUGGGGGGUGGUGGAUUGGUGAUGGUGGCAAGAACAAAAAUAUUUACUGUUGUAAGUUAGAUCAUUGUAACUGAUUAGAAAGUCUACAUGCUUUUGCCGUGUCGUUUAUGUUCAGUAUGUUAUUGAAAUUCAAAUGUAAAAAUACAACUUAACAAUGACUACAGUCAUUGGAAAAAUAUUACGAAAGGAUGUACAUAUUUAUUUACUUUUUAUUUUAUUUUAAGUCACCCUUGUUUUGUGUCCAUCUUUUGCGCUGUCAUUCCAGCAGGGGGCAGCAGUCGGUGCGGUGAUGUCUCUUGCGCGUGAUAUUGCGUUCUCAACUGCGAGCGUAAAAUUUUAACAUUUUGAGCAUUUGCGCAUGUCAAACAAGACACCCACUCUUCCAGCUCCGCUGCAGUAGACGACUAUAACAGAGCGGGGUGGAAAACGGACGUAUUUCAAGCAGGAAGUGUACAGACUUACCUUUCAUAAAGAAACCUAUUGCAUCUUGCCAAUAUACUCUGUACAAAAUAAAAAUGUAUCUCUCUGCUUUGUACUCCUGCAGACAUGCUCCCAGCUUCUCUUUUUGAUACAGGAGAGGUGUUCAGCAAUCCCUGGUCUUGACUAUGGCUACUUUUAACCCCACAUCUUUCGCAGUAGGAACAGAGCCUCCUGUGGAUCCUUUAGCCCGUAUUUAUCAAUUAAAGUGUAACUUUGAACACAUCAGUGUGUGAUCAACUAUCUUGUAUCUUUAAAAUAAGGACUUGUCAAAAAACAAAAACAAAACUAACAAACAAACAAACAAACAAAAAAAAACGGACAAAAAGUUUAUUCACACUGCCUUGUCAUGGAUCUGGUCUUAUGAAUAAAAUAUAUGCUUGAUGUGA